AGUUCCGGCUUCCGAAGGCCGAUGGGUCCCUCCGCGGCGGGGGAAAGAGGAUGGCGACCCCGUCGAUGCCGGAGCCGGAGAGGAACGCGGCGCCGGAGGCCUCAGAGUGAAAGCCGCAGAUCCCGCGGCCUCCGGUCAGGCAGCUCCCCGAGCCGAUGGAGGAGAACGAGGUGGAGAGCAGUAGCGACGCGGCCCCUCGGCCCGGCGGGCCGGAGGAGCCCUCCGAGAGCGGCCUGGGCGUGGGCACCUCGGAAGCCGUGUCCGCGGACAGCAGCGACGCGGCGGCCGGCCCGGGGCCGGCGGAGGCCGACGACUCUGGCGUGGGACAGAGCUCGGACCGCGGCAGCUGUCUGGAGGAGGUAUCGGAAAGCAGCUGCAGCCCCGACCCUCUGCCCCACGGCUACCUCCCCGACUCCUCCUCCGUGUCCCGGGAGCCAGCUGCAGGCGUGGCGGGCGGGCCCCCGGCGCUGGUGCACUCCAGCGCGCUCCCGGACCCCAGCACCCUGGCCUCGGACUGCACCGCCUCCUCCUCGGACCUGGGCUCGGCCAUCGACAGGAUCAUCGAGUCCACGCUCGGGCCCGACGUGAUCCAGGGCUGCAUCACUGUGACCAGUGCGGAAGAUGGUGGGGCUGAGACCACCCGGUACCUGCUCCUGCAGGGCCCAGACGAUGGAGCCCCCAUGACAUCACCAAUGUCGACUUCCACCCUGGCCCACAGCCUGGCAGCCAUCGAGGCCCUGGCCGACGGCCCCACGUCCACGUCCACCUGCCUCGAGCCACCUGAGGAGGUGCGGGGCGGGCCCAGCUCACCAGCACAGCCACCCCCGGCCUCUGGCGCCGAGGAGCCAGACCUGCAGAGCCUGGAGGCCAUGAUGGAGGUGGUGGUGGUGCAGCAGUUCAAGUGCAAGAUGUGCCAGUACCGGAGCAGCACCAAGGCCACGCUGCUGCGCCACAUGCGUGAGCGGCACUUCCGGCCAGCCGCAGCCGCAGCUGGCAAGAAGGGCCGUGUGCGGAAGUGGGGUGCUGUGACCAGGACCCAGGAGGAGCAGGGGCCGGAGGAGGAGGAGGACGACGACAUAGUAGACGCUGGCGCCAUUGACGACCUAGAGGAGGACAGCGACUACAACCCAGCCGAGGACGAGCCCCGCGGGCGGCAGCUGCGGCCCCAGCGCCCCAGCCCCAGCACCCCCAGAACCCGAAGGAGACCCGGCAGACCCCGGAAGGUGCCCCGCCUGGAGACGUCGGACCUCCCGGACGGUGUGGACGCAGAGCCUCUGGUGAGCUCCCAGAGUGGACAGAGCCCCCUGGCGCCACAGGACCCUGAGGCGCCCAGCUCCUCGGGCCCCGGACACCUGGCCGGCCGGGCCCUCCUGGAGCCGGGGGUGAGCCAGUCGGACGCGGAGAACGCGGCGCCCGGCUGCCCUGAUGAGCCCGACGCCCUGCCCCGCCGCCGGGGGCGGCCCUCCAGGCGCUUCCUGGGCAAGAAGUACCGCAAGUACUACUACAAGUCGCCCAAGCCGCUCCUGAGGCCCUACCUGUGCCGCAUCUGCGGCUCGCGCUUCCUGUCGCACGACGACCUGCGCUUCCACGUCAACUCCCACGAGUCCGGAGACCCCCAGCUCUUCAAGUGCCUGCAGUGCAGCUACCGCUCCCGCCGCUGGUCCUCGCUCAAGGAGCACAUGUUCAACCACGUGGGCAGCAAACCCUACAAGUGUGACGAGUGCAGCUACACCAGUGUCUACCGGAAGGACGUCAUCCGGCACGCAGCCGUGCACAGCCGGGACCGGAAGAAGAGGCCAGAUCCGACCCCGAAGCUGAGCUCCUUCCCCUGCCCUGUGUGUGGCCGUGUGUACCCCAUGCAGAAGAGACUCACGCAGCACCUGAAGACGCACAGCACGGAGAAGCCCCACAUGUGCGACAAGUGUGGCAAGUCCUUUAAGAAGCGCUACACCUUCAAGAUGCACCUGCUAACGCACAUCCAGGCGGUCGCCAACCGCAGGUUCAAGUGCGAGUUCUGUGAGUUUGUCUGCGAGGACAAGAAGGCGCUGCUGAACCACCAGCUGUCACACGUCAGCGACAAGCCCUUCAAGUGCAGCUUCUGUCCCUACCGCACCUUCCGCGAGGACUUCCUGCUGUCCCACGUGGCGGUCAAGCACACAGGGGCCAAGCCCUUCGCCUGUGAGUACUGCCACUUCAGCACGCGGCACAAGAAGAACCUGCGCCUCCACGUGCGGUGCCGGCACGCGAGCAGCUUCGAGGAGUGGGGGCGGCGCCACCCCGAGGAGCCCCCGUCCCGCCGGCGCCCCUUCUUCUCUCUGCAGCAGAUUGAGGAGCUGAAGCAGCAGCACCGUGCAGCCCCCGCGCCGCCCCCCAGCCCCCCGGGACCUGCCGAGAUGGCUCCAGAGGCAGCACCUCUGCAGUCCCCGGAGACGCCACCCCUGCUCUGCUCCGACAGCCUGGGCGGCGCCACCAUCAUCUACCAGCAAGGAGCCGAGGAGUCCACCGCGAUGGCCACGCAGACUGCCUUGGAUCUGCUGCUGAACAUGAGCGCUCAGCGGGAGCUGGGGGGCGCGGCCCUGCAGGUGGCCGUGGUGAAAUCGGAGGAUGUGGGAGCAGGGCUAGCAUCCCCUGGUGGGGAGCCCUCCCCCGAAGGCACCGCUCCACAGGUGGUCACCCUCCACGUGGCAGAGCGGGGGGCCGGCGUGGCAGCUGAGAGCCAGCUGGGCUCCCCUGACCUGCAGCAGAUCACCCUGGCCUCCGGUCCCUUUGGUGGGGCUGGCUACAGUGUCAUCACAGCUCCCCCUAUGGAGGAGGGGACAUCAGCUCCUGGUACACCCUACAGCGAGGAGCCCGCAGGGGAGGCAGCCCAGGCUGUGGUUGUGAGCGACACCCUGAAAGAAGCCAGUACCCACUACAUCAUGGCCGCCGACGGCACCCAGCUGCACCACAUCGAGCUGACUGCAGAUGGCUCCAUCUCCUUCCCAAGUCCGGAUUCCCUGGCCUCUGGAGCCAAGUGGCCCCUGCUGCAGUGUGGGGGUCUUCCCAGAGACGGCCCUGAGCCCCCUUCUCCGGCCAAGACCCACCAGGCGGGGGACUCUGAGAGCUCUGCCUCCCCUCCUCCUGCAGCCAGUAAAGCCCUGGGCCUGGCGGUGCCCCCCUCGCCCCCGUCUGCAGCCGCCACGGCGUCAAAGAAGUUUUCCUGCAAGAUCUGUGCCGAGGCCUUCCCGGGCCGGGCAGAGAUGGAGAGUCACAAACGGGCCCACGCCGGGCCCAGUGCCUUCAAGUGUCCGGACUGCCCCUUCAGUGCCCGCCAGUGGCCCGAGGUCCGGGCCCACAUGGCGCAGCACUCCAGCCUGCGGCCCCACCAGUGCAGCCAGUGCAGCUUCGCCUCCAAGAACAAGAAGGACCUGCGGCGGCACGUGCUUACCCACACCAACGAGAAGCCUUUCGCCUGCCACCUGUGUGGACAGCGCUUCAACCGUAAUGGGCACCUUAAGUUUCACAUCCAGCGGCUGCACAGUCCUGAUGGGAGGAAAUCAGGGACCCCCACAGCCAGGACCCCCACGCGGACCCCAACACAGACCAUCAUCCUAAACAGUGAUGAGGAGACACUGGCCACACUGCACACGGCCCUGCAGUCAGGUCACGGAGUCCUGGGCCCAGAGCGGCUACAGCAGGCACUGGGCCAGGAACACAUCAUCGUGGCCCAAGAACAGACGGUGACCAAUCAGGAGGAAGCAACGUACAUCCAGGAGAUCACCACGGCCGAUGGCCAGACGGUGCAGCAUCUGGUGACCUCUGACAACCAGGUGCAGUACAUCAUCUCCCAGGAUGGGGUCCAGCACUUGCUCCCUCAGGAAUACGUCGUGGUGCCUGAAGGCCAUCAUAUCCAGGUGCAGGAGGGUCAGAUCACGCACAUCCAGUAUGAACAAGGGACCCCAUUCCUUCAGGAGCCCCAGAUCCAGUAUGUGCCUGUGUCCCCAGGCCAGCAGCUUGUCACACAGGCACAACUUGAGGCUGCCGCACACUCGGCUGUCACAGCGGUGGCCGAUGCUGCCAUGGCUCAAGCCCAGGGCCUGUAUGGCACAGAGGAGGCAGUGCCCGAGCACAUUCAACAGCUGCAGCACCAGGGCAUUGAGUACGAUGUCAUCACCCUGACGGACGACUGAGCCCCAGGGGCCAACGCAGACCAUGGAGUCGGGCCAGCCCUUCUGGGGGCGGGAGGACCCGCCUGGGUGUACCUCUCUUUCCCCUUGGGGUCCCCAGAUCCUGGGCAGCAGCAUCCACUCACGCCAAGGGAGCCAGACGUGUGCUGCUGGGGUUGGGGGCAGCCAUGGGCCUCGCCAGGACACACUGGGGGCCCUAGCCUGCGGGCAGGCUUUAGGAGAGAAAUUUAUUUUUGUUUGCAUGGACCCACUGGGCCCUCAGUCUCAAUAAAGGG